GAAUGGUUGAAAUGAAUACUUCCAAAAUUCUAUGUAGUUUAUAUCACGUUACCAGGAACGUUUUCGUCUUUCACCAGCGGGUUGUACUUGUACCAUCAUCACCCUUUACAAAUAAUCCCCAACAGCUUUCAAAACCCUAGAACCAACCAACCAACCAACAUGUCAGGCGGUUUCUUCCGGGGCACUACGGCUGAUCAAGACACUCGUUUCUCUAACAAGCAUGCUAAGCUCCUUAAAUCGCACAAGUUUCCACCUGAAUUGGAACAUCUGGACAGAGAGGCUGUUGAUGUGAAAGCUGCUAAUUUGGACACCCACUCGAGGAGACGCACAAAGUUUUCUAGCAAGUGGUCAGCUGAUGACAAAGGGACGGAUGAGAAGAAUGGAUCAAAAGAAACCGUCAGAAUAUCUCGAUCUCCGCGUCCAGCUGAUCGUUCUAUGUCACCACCUCGAGGUACACGCUCCAGAUCGGUUAGCAAAUCCUUUUCUAAUUCUAGAAGUCAUUCAAGGUCAAGAAGUUUGUCAGCAUCCUCCAAAGCCUCAAGGCGCUCAGUUUCUGUUGAAAGGAGGCCCCGCUCUGUUUCAAGACGAUCUUCUACACUUCGCAGAGUGGGGUCACGUCGGCGAUCCCUAUCCCCUGCACCUUUACAUAGACAAUCACCUUCACCUGCAAGGCGUAGGUUGCGAUCACCAUCCCCUGCACCUUCACAUGGGCGAUCACCAUCACCCGCAAGGCGUAGGUUGCAAUCCCCUGCACCUCGAGGUACACGCUCCAGAUCGGUUAGCAAAUCCUUUUCUAAUUCCAAAAGCCAUUCAAGGUCAAGAAGUUUGUCAGCAUCCUCCAAAGCCUCAAGGCGCUCAGUUUCUGUUGAAAGGAGGCCCCACUCUGUUUCAAGACGAUCUUCUACACCUCGCAGAGUAGGGUCACGUCGGCGAUCCCCAUCCCCUGCACCUUUACAUAGACGAUCACCUUCACCUGCAAGGUGUAGGUUGCGAUCUCCAUCCCCUGCACCUUCACAUGGGCGAUUACCAUCACCCGCAAGGCGUAGGUUGCAAUCCCGUGCACCUCGAGGUACACGCUCCAGAUCAGUUAGCAAAUCCUUUUCUAAUUCCAAAAGCCAUUCAAGGUCAAGAAGUUUGUCAGCAUCCUCCAAAGCCUCAAGGCGCUCAGUUUCUGUUGAAAGGAGGCCCCGCUCUAUUUCAAGACGAUCUUCUACACCUCGCAGAGUGGGGUCACGUCGGCGAUCCCCAUCCCCUGCACCUUUACAUAGACGAUCACCUUCACCUGCAAGGCGUAGGUUGCGAUCUCCAUCCCCUGCACCUUCACAUGGGCGAUCACCAUCACCCGCAAGGCGUAGGUUGCAAUCCCAUGCACCUCGAGGUACACGCUCCAGAUCGGUUAGCAAAUCCUUUUCUAAUUCCAAAAGCCAUUCAAGGUCAAGAAGUUUGUCAGCAUCCUCCAAAGCCUCAAGGCGCUCAGUUUCUGUUGAAAGGAGGCCCCGCUCUGUUUCAAAACGAUCUUCUACACCUCGCAGAGUGGGGUCACGUCGGCGAUCCCCAUCCCCUGCACCUUUAGAUAGACGAUCACCUUCACCUGCAAGGCGUAGGUUGCGAUCUCCAUCCCCUGCACCUUCACAUGGGCGAUCACCAUCACCCGCAAGGCGUAGGUUGCAAUCCCGUGCACCUCGAGGUACACGCACCAGAUCGGUUAGCAAAUCCUUUUCUAAUUCCAAAAGCCAUUCAAGGUCAAGAAGUUUGUCAGCAUCCUCCAAAGCCUCAAGGCGCUCAGUUUCUGUUGAAAGGAGGCCCCGCUCUGUUUCAAGACGAUCUUCUACACCUCGCAGAGUGGGGUCACGUCGGCGAUCCCAAUCCCCUGCACCUUUACAUAGACGAUCACCUUCACCUGCAAGGCGUAGGUUGCGAUCUCCAUCCCCUGCACCUUCACAUGGGCGAUCAUCAUCACCCGCAAGGCGUAGGUUGCAAUCACCUGCACCUCGAGGUACACGCUCCAGAUCAGUUAGCAAAUCCUUUUCUAAGUCCAGAAGCCAUUCAAGGUCAAGUAGUUUGUCAGCAUCCCCCAAAGCCUUGAGGUGCUCAGUUUCUGUUGAAAGGAGGCCCCGCUCUGUUUCAAGACGAUCUUCUACACCUCACAGAGUGGGGUCACGUCGGCGACCCCCAUCUCCUGCACCUUUUCAUAGACGAUCACCUUCACCUGCAAGGCGUAGAUUGCGAUUACCAUCACCUGCAAGGCGUUGGUUGCAAUCCCCUGCACCUCGAGGUACACGCUCCAGAUCGGUUAGCAAUUCCUUUUCUAAUUCCAAAAGCCCUUCAAGGUGUGCAACCAUUCUGAUCAUAAAGCAUAAUCUAUCUACUAUAAUAAAACAAACCAAGUUUUGGAGACGUGUCAUUCAUAGAAGGUCAAGAAGUUUGUCAGCAUCCUCCAAAGCCUCAAGGCGCUCAGUUUCUGUUGAAAGGAGGCCCCGCUCUAUUUCAAGACGAUCUUCUACACCUCGCAGAGUGGGGUCACGUCGUCAAUCCCCAUCCCCUGCACCUCUACAUAAACGAUCACCUUCACCUGCAAGGCGUAGGUUGCGAUCUCCAUCCCCUGCACCUUCACAUGGGCGAACACCAUCACCCGCAAGGCGUAGGUUGCAAUCCCCUGCACCUCGAGGUACACGCUCCAGAUCGGUUAGCAAAUCCUUUUCUAAUUCCAAAAGCCAUUCAAGGUCAAGUAGUUUGUCAGCAUCCCCCAAAGCCUCAAGGCGCUCGGUUUCUGUUGAAAGGAGGCCCCGCUCUGUUUCAAGACAAUCUUCUACACCUCGCAGAGUGGGGUCAUGUCGGCGAUCCCCAUCCCCUGCACCUCUACAUAAACGAUCACCUUCACCUCCAAGGCGUAGGUUGCGAUCUCCAUCCCCUGCACCUUCACAUGGGCGAUCACCAUCACCCGCAAGGCGUAGGUUGCAAUCCCCUACACCUCGAGGUACACGCUCCAGAUCGGUUAGCAAAUCCUUUUCUAAUUCCAGAAGCCAUUCAAGGUCAAGUAGUUUGUCAGCAUCCCCUAAAGCCUCAAGGCGCUCGGUUUCUGUUGAAAGGAGGCCCCGCUCUGUUUCAAGACAAUCUUCUACACCUCUCAGAGUGGGGUCAUGUCGGCGAUCCCCAUCCCCAGCAUCUUUACAUAGACGAUCACCUUCACCUGCAAGGCGUAGAUUGCGAUCUCCAUCCCCUGCACCUUCACAUGGGCGAUCACCAUCACCUGCAAGGCGUAGGUUGCAAUCCCCUACACCUCGAGGUACACGCUCUAGAUCGGUUAGCAAAUCCUUUUUUAAUUCCAGAACUCAAUCUAGGUGUGCAACCAUUCCGAUCAUAAAGCAUAAUUAUUUAUAUAUACUCUUGUUAACCGUCUUUUCAACUAUCUUCUCACUUUGUUUUUUUAUAUAUCCAGUUAUCAUCUUCUCAGGCCAAGAUGUUUGUCGCGAUCCCCUUUUCGAAGUAGGUCGCGAUCCCCUGUUCGUAGUAGGUCGCGAUCCCCUGUUCGAAGUAGGUCACGAUCCCCUGUUCGAAGUAGGUCGCGAUCCCCUAUUCGAAGUAGGUCGCGAUCCCCUAUUCGUAGUAGGUCGCGAUCCCCUGUUCGAAGUAGGUCGCGAUCCCCUAUUCGAAGUAGGUCGCGAUCCCCUGUUCGUAGUAGGUCGCGAUCCCCUGUUCGAAGUAGGUCACGAUCCCCUGUUCGAAGUAGGUCGCGAUCCCCUGUUCGAAGUAGGUCGCGAUCCCCUGUUCGAAGUAGGUCGCGAUCCCCUGUUCAAAGGAGGUCCCGGACCCCCAUCCGGCGUAGCUCACGAACCCCGAUCAGGCGAAGGUCACCAUCCCCGUUUCAGCGAAGGUCACAGUCCUCUGCAUCCCCUUACUCUGUGCAUUCUGGAUCUCCACCAGUUCGUGGCAGGUCUCCAUCUCCUACGAGGCGACGAAAUCAGGGAGCUCCGUCAAUUCCAUGCGGUCGGUCUCCUUCUCCAGUUAGGCGUAGGACAACCGUCCCUGUGCGUCAGAGAUCCCCAAGCCCUCAAAGCAGGUCUUCUUCACCAUCACCUGUACAAUCUCCUAGACUCAUCGUCCUUCUCCUCAUACAUGUAUGUGUUCUUUUAUUACUGUUUUCAACAAUGGUUGCUAUAUUAAGUAUAAACCCAGGUCAACAAACACCUUGUAAGAUACUUGGCACCUGCUCCAUUUGACUAACACCUUCCGAAGAUUACAAGGAUACUGUCUUCUUAAAGCUUUUUCUUAUUCAAGAUUUGAGACUUUUGUUUUUUUUUUUCGAAAAUAGCUUCCUGGCCUCUUAUGUCUGCGUCGCGCAGACAUUUGGGUCUGAAGACUGUUUGUUUUCUCGAAGACCUUUCAUUAAAAAAAGUUUGUGCGUCCUCUUUUUGGUGCAGAUGUGGACUCUUCUCUUCUAACCUCUUUUCCUCCCCUAAUUUCCAUUUCCCCAAUUCAAUGAACCACAUCUGAUUCAAUCGCAAUCUUCAACACAAUGGACGUCACGUAUCUCUACCAAACCAAAUGCAUAUCCAAUCUCCAUUCAACUCAUCAUCAUCCUCUCUCAGUUCUCUCUAGGGUUUCAAUUUCAAAACAUUACGAGCAUAAUGCUCGCCGUUCAUUACGGUUAGGCGUUCGGAACAUGUGUAUGGCUUCCAGCUCCGACACAUUCGUCUUCGGUAAGUCUUCUUCUCCAACUGUCGCCAGCAAAAAAAGAUAUAGAGGAAGAAGAAGAAGAUUUGAAAUCGUGGAUGCAUAAGAACGGUUUGCCUCCGUGUAAAGUAGUUCUUAAAGAUAGAGUUGCGUAUGAUUCACGGCAUCCUCCUAUUCAUUGUGUUGCAGCUAGUGAGGAUUUGCAGGUUGAUCUGGUUUACUGUUUUUCGUUUGAUUUUGGUGAAUUUUAAUUAGUUGAAAUGAAUUAGGUUUGUUUGAUGAUGUGUGUUAAUGAAUGUUGCUGAAUUUUGGUGUUAAAUUUCAUAAAUUUAUAAAUUUGUUGGUAGUUUGCUGAAUUUUUUAUUAA